CAGGCAGAGAUACUCACUCGCUGUACACCGUAUGGGGCGGUGCUAGUACUUUUCCCACUCUGUCAUACCGGCUUGUUCAGUUGGAGGCAUCUUGAAGUUUUUCAGCACUUGCAUUCAGGAGCUCUACCUUUGACAGCCCCGUCUGACUUCACAAGUAAAUCCCGCAUACAAACAAAAUGGCAGACCCCUGGCAGAGGGCAUAUGACUUUGCUGUUGAAGUGGCAAGGAAAGCUGGAGAGGAAGUCAGAAAGGCCGGGGAGAGCGAAAUAAAGGUCAUGACAAAGAGCUCCACCGUAGACCUCGUCACUAAGACCGAUGAGAGGGUGGAGAAGAUCAUCAUCGGGUCUCUUAAAGAAGAAUUCGGACCAGACGUGCACUGUUUCAUUGGAGAGGAGUCCGUCGCAAAGGGCGAGGCGUGUAUCUUAACCGACAAACCUACAUGGAUCAUAGACCCUGUGGACGGCACCACGAACUUCGUGCACGGAUUCCCGUUUGUGGCUGUGUCUAUUGCCUUUGCUGUCAAUAAGGAGUUGGAGUUCGGUGUGGUGUACAGCUGCUUGGAGGACAAGAUGUAUAAAGCGAGAAAGGGGAAGGGAGCUUUCUGCAAUGAUGAAAAAAUUGAGGUGUCCGAUGUUACAGCUAUCAAUAAGUCUAUUAUCAUCUCUGAGCAUGGAACCGACAGGAGCCCGGAAAAAGUAAACAAGAUCUUCUCCACCAUGCAGAAGAUCCUCUGCAUCCCAGUGCACGGGCUUCGUGGGUCCGGCACAGCUGCCACUAAUAUGUGUCUGGUGGCGACGGGGGCGGUGGAGGCCUUCUUCGAGAUCGGGAUCCACUGCUGGGACAUUGCUGCUGGAGCAGUUAUAGUCAAAGAAGCCGGAGGAGUGCUACUGGAUGUUGACGGGGGACCGUUCGAUUUGAUGUCUCGAAGGAUGGUUUCAGCAAACAACGAGGUUAUUGCUAAGCGGAUCAUCAAGGAAAUUGAAAUAUUCCCAGCGGUGAGGGACGACGCUCCCAUCCAGAAGCAAUGAGAAUGCAAUUCGAAAUGAGUGCCAGAAGAGAAAGUCUAUCGCUGUAUAUCAUAAAUAAAGUUACCGUUGCUGUAAUCAA